AUGUCCGGCCCGUCGAAAAAGAGGGCUCAGCUGGUGCCUGAGCUAAAGAUACGAAGAGGGGGUAGCGCAUGGUCGAACAGGAGGCGAAAUUGCACGCAGCUAUCUCUCUGCUCUUGCUGUUGUACAUCUCCUCGCCGCCACUCCUCGCGAAAGUUCCUCGGUCGGAGAAGGAGCGGAGCAUUCAGAGGGCAGAAAGUUCAGCACCAGUGCCGAGCCAGAAGCAAACGAGGGACAUCAAUCGACGAUAAAGCUCCUCGUGUUGACCUCAGCCAGAUCGAAAUUGUCUCGGAACGCGCAAACAGUGAGACACUGUGCAGCUCAAAAGUGUACAUACGCGACCACGGCCCCGGAUCACCUCCACUCGUCCAUCUCGCCAACCCCCAGCCUCCAUACCCCUCCGUACCGGUCGCAAUAUCUCCACUGGCGCUCCACAGGUCCCUCUACCUCUCGGACUACUCCCCCGGUACGAUGACCGAGACGCCCCCACGCUACGGUCCACUUACAACCUCGCUCGCCGCGCCCACCCCUACGCGUCGCGCGUUCAGCCUUCCAGAAAUGCGGUCUUACAUGCCUUUUACGGGCUCAUCCUCCUCACACAUCCUCCCAUUAUCCUCGUCGGCGUCGCGUCCAUCCUCCCCAAAUCUGUCGCGCAAGGGCAAGCGCCUAUCAUUUACCCUCCGGUCCCGCGCCUCUCACAACAAGAUCCGCCUCAUCAUCGGUUCCCUCCUCCUUACCGCCAUCUUCCUCUUUGUCCGUUCCUCGACCAGCUCCCUCCCGGCCACUCGGCGCUUCAAAAACCGGUCUCAACUGGUUCUCUCCCACUCCAAAGCCCAAGGCAACCGCAAGGGGAGCGGAGAUGGCGUCUCCUACCUGGACGUCGAGGAUACAGACGAAUGGUUGUCCGAGGAAGACCUCUUCUACUCGCAAUAUACAGAAGACGCGCCGAUGUCGGCCGAGGACGCUGCGGCCGAGGCGGAGAUGGCCAGUCGGAAAGCGGACGUGAUUGAGCAAAAUCGUCAGCAGAGUCUGAGGGCGUUGACAUGGUGGCUGGCGGAAGGAGGCGAGAUUCCGGCCGAUUGGGAGGUACCGAGCAAAGCGUAUCUCCGCAAAGUGGGAGGAAGGGGUGUGGAGCGGAUGCUGGAGGAUAUCGAGGAUACAGAACUGGGGGAUGAGGUCAUGUUUGAGGAGGGGUGGGGGGACUUUGCAAAGAAGCGGUACAGGAUCGUCGUCUUCUCAAAGACACACUGCCCUUACUCUCGAAAAGCAAAGCAGAUAUUAUCAUCCUACACCCUCUCGCCCGCACCAUUUGUUGUCGAGCUAGACACAAGACCGGACAUGACCAAACUCCAAGAUCUUCUCCAAUACCUCACCGGCCGGCGGACCGUACCCAACAUCCUACUCGACUUUGCCUCUAUCGGCGGCUCGGACGACCUGACCCUCAUGCACUCGGAAGGCGGCCUGCAGCGACGCUUCGAAGAGAUGGGCACCCUCCCUGGUCGCGGAAGGAUACUCGAUCCCGCCAAGGCAUUCGCGGCGGCGCCUGUUCCAGCGCACGCCAAUGCGGCGGACAAGGACGGGAAGAAGUUUGCCGUCGAGCCGGCCAAGGUCGAGCCUCCCGCUGCGGUCAAAGAGGCUGCGGUCAUUCCUGAAAAGGUGCUUGACACCUUACCGGGGGAAGGAGCGGCCAAGGCGGAAGUCGAGCCUAUCGCUGGGGAAGAGGCAGAUGAGGACGAAUUGGCAGUUGCGGCGCUCAAGCCCGGCGCGAAACCAGCGGACGUCGUCGCAGCUGUCAAGGCGGCGCACGGAAAGGAGUACCUAACGGCCGGGGAGGACGAAAAUGCUCUCGCUGCGUCCGAGGAGUUCAAGGCGAAACAACCUGCACCCGCAGAAGCGGCAGCACUCGGAUCCUACACCCAAGACGAGCAGCUCGUACCGGUUGUCAAAUACGACUUUGCAGGCGAUGCGGUCGCCAAGGGGGAUAUCUACCCCGGUACCGGCGCCGUGGUGGAUCCCAUCGUCCUUCCGGCAGAGGUCGUCGCGGCGGUAGCUGAGGGAGGGACCGCCGUGGGCAAGAACGGCGAGGUGGAUGAAGAUGGGCAAGAGGAGGAAGAUGCGCGUCUGGCGGAUAUCGCCGCGCUCGAGGCUAAGAAGAGGAAGGCGAGGGUACUGGCGGUAGCAACGGAGGAGCAGGAGAAGUUCAAGGCGUUCAGAGCCGAGGAGCUGGAGAAGGAGCGGGCGGAGGCUGCUGCUGUCAAGGCGAAGGAGGGGGCCAAGAAGCCGGAGUUUAUGGGCAAGCCGAGAGGGAAGGCCAAGGCGGCGGUCGAGGAGAAGAAGGGCGAAUGCGAACGCGCAGGAGAAGGUUAA